CAGGGCGGGGUUUUCCAACCAUGACGUCCCAAAGUUUUCCAGCAAUCUUGUCACUUCGACAUCAUGGCGUAGUAAUGUGGACGGUCGGUGGGUAACGUUAAGUACUGGUGGGCACGGAGAAGUUCAGAUACAUUUUAUUAUUUUUUUAAUUUAUGUUUUUUUAAUAAUUGAGGGAACAAACUAACGGAAAAUACGAAUUCUCCUCGAGCAGAGUGUCGGUUGAUCAGUGACUGAAAAUGAUGUCCGAUGCCAGCGACAUGUUGGCAGCUGCACUGGAGCAAAUGGACGGCAUUAUAGCAGGCUCUAAGGCUCUGGACUACUCCAAUGGGCUGUUUGACUGCCAGUCGCCCACCUCUCCCUUCAUGGGCAGCCUGCGGGCACUUCAUCUGCUGGAAGACCUGAGGAGUGUCCUGGAGAUGAUGGACACAGAGGAAAGGGAGAGUCUACGCUGCCAGAUCCCUGACUCCACAGCUGAUAGUCUGGUGGAGUGGCUCCAUGGUCACCUGUCCAAUGGGCACAUUAAUAUGAGUGGGGGUGACCACUACCAGGAAAGGCUUUCCCGAAUAGAGAGUGAUAAGGAGUCUCUGGUUCUUCAGGUGAGUGUGCUGACAGACCAGGUGGAGGCUCAGGGAGAGAAGAUUCGAGACCUGGACUUGUGUUUGGACGAGCACAGGGAGAAACUCAAUGCCACCGAGGAGAUGCUACAACAGGAGCUUCUGUGUAGAAGUGCACUGGAGAACCAGAAGCUAGAACUGAUGUCUGAAGUCUCCAACCUAAAGCUGAAGCUGAAUACCAUGGGGAAGGACGGACUUGACUAUGACAGAUUUGGGGACAGUGAGGAUUUGAUUCUUGAAAUUAAUGAACUGCGGUACAGACUGACAGACCUGGAGAAUGAAAAAUUACAGUACGAAAAGAAACUUAAAUCUACAAAGGAGGAGCUAGCCAUACUGAGGAGGCAGCUGGAGGGCAAAGACGGAGAGAUGAGGAGACUACAGGAUGAGACAGGCUUCAAAGCCAUCGCCUCGAGCAGUGCAGAUCCCACGGAGAGAGUCUCUCAUCCAGAUGAAACUCUUAGAAAGAGGCUGAAAGAAAAACACGUGGAAGUGCAGAGAAUGAAAAAGGCAGUUGAAUCGUUGAUGGCAGCCAAUGAAGAGAAGGAUCGUAAGAUUGAGGAACUGAAGCAGUCGCUGAUGCGAUACAAGAAAGUUCAAGACAUGGUGAUGUCAGUUCAAGGCAAGAAAGAUAAAACCAAAGAUAACGAGCAUGUGGAGAAUCAGGGUGAUGGAUCCAGUGCAUUCUUGUCAAUCAACUCUGUGUCUGUGGAGUCACAAAAUCAAGAAUUGACUGAUAUUGAACAACUGAGGAGGAAGAGUCCGGAUGAGUUGGAGAGUCUCAAUGGACUUAGUGAAGAGCCUUCACCUACACCCAGUCCGUCAGAUCCAGAACGAGUAUCAGAGUCUGCACCGCCAGAAUUAGAAAGCAGCCAGUAUACCACGAAGACUGGCAGCCAGGACCAGCUGGAUAGGAGCAACAAUGAAAAGAAUACAAGUGAAACAAUCAGUGAAAAGCCGCCCAAGAGUCCCUCUGCCACCUUACCUGCCACCACGGAGGACGACAGCUUUGGCUCGAGAAAGGCUCGUUCAUCUUUUGGAAAGGGCUUCUUCAAGAUCCGUGGGGGCAAGAAGACAGCCAGUACCCCUAACCUUGACCGCAGCCGGAGUGCAAGUGCACCUAUGCUAGCUGAAACAGAGCGACAGGGCACCGACCAUCUGGAUCUGGCUGGGCUGCCACAGAGGUCAGCUAACAGCGAUAGCACCCACACGCUCUCUACGACCCCAGAGAGCAAGAAAAAAUCCAAAGGAAUAAAGAAACUGUUUGGAAAGCUAAAAAGGAGCCAGUCUACCACAUUUAACCUGGAUGACAACCUACCAGAGGGUGAAUUCAAGAGGGGGGGAGUGCGAGCCACAGCAGGGCCCAGACUGGGUUGGUCUCGUGACCUCCAAAGAGUCAGCAAUGAUGUUGAUGCUCCAUUUGCACGCUGGUCAAAGGAUCAGGUGUGUGACUGGCUACAGGAUCAGGGUCUCGGUCUUUAUGUGAACAUGGCUCGUGUAUGGAUCUCCUCUGGACAGACGCUUCUACAGGCCUCACAACAGGACCUGGAGAGGGAGCUGGGAAUCAAACACCCGCUGCACAGAAAGAAGCUGCAGCUGGCUCUGCAGGCCCUUGGCUCAGAGGAGGAGAAUAAUAAAGGAAAGCUGGACUACAACUGGGUGACGAGAUGGCUCGAUGACAUCGGUCUGCCUCAGUAUAAGACUCAGUUUGAUGAGGGGAGGGUGGACGGUCGCAUGCUGCACUACAUGACAGUGGAUGAUCUGCUUUCUCUGAAAGUGGGGAGUGUCCUGCAUCACCUCAGUAUCAAGAGAGCGAUCCAAGUGCUCAGACUCAACAGUUACGAGCCCAACUGCUUGCGUCGCAGGCCAUCUGACGAGAACAAUAUUUCUCCAGCAGAGAUUUCCCAGUGGACCAACCACAGGGUGAUGGAGUGGCUGCGGUCUGUGGACCUCGCUGAAUACGCUCCCAACCUGAGAGGCAGUGGUGUGCACGGAGGCCUGAUGGUUCUGGAGCCUCGGUUCAACGUGGAGACCAUGGCUUUGCUGCUGAACAUCCCGCCCAACAAGACGCUGCUGCGCCGCCACCUCGCCACACAUUUCAACCUGCUCAUUGGUUCAGAGGCCCAGCAGCUCAAACAGGAGUGUCUUGAAAACCCAGACUACACUCUGCUUACUGCCACCACCAAGGUCAAGCCAAGGAAACUGUCAUUUGGUAACUUUGGCAGCCUGAGGAAGAAGAAGCAGGAGGAGAGUGAGGAGUACGUGUGUCCGAUGGAUGUGGAGAUGCCAAAGGGACGAAGCUUCCAGAAAGGCUUCGAGCUCCAAAUCUACGAGGACGACCUUGACAGGCUAGAACAGAUGGAGGACUCUGAGGGAACUGUGAGACAGAUCGGAGCUUUCUCUGAGGGUAUUCAAAACCUGACGAGCAUGCUAAAAGACGAUGAAUUCUUCAAAGAGAAUUCAAAUUCACCGAACCCCAGUGUAACAGACGAUGACUCCAACGCAUGAGACUGUCAGCGCCAUGAGACCUGGUCCUGCUGUGAAUGAAACUCUGUGCCAACCCCCUCUCUCUCCACUCGCACACAGACUUGUCUCAACAAACUCCCAAGAAUGCUCCCACAUUUCUUUUUUUUUUUUUAGUGUUACAUUCAGAGAUGAGCCAAAAGUAUUACAGUGUCCUUCUUAUUUGCAGUUUCAAUCCAUGGUGUUGAGAGCACCUACGGUCCAGUAAGCCACUAUUACUCCUGAACUUUGCCUCCAUUACUGUCGUCGGAUGACGGAGGGAACAUUUGGGGCAACACCACUGCUUGCCUGCCAGCUGGUUUCUGGAGUUAUUUCAAGUGUCAACCCGCUAAAAUACGCCAAUAUAGAUUUUAAUAUAUAUAUCUUUUUAAAUUGCUUUCUGACUGUUGAGAUAUUGGGGAGAGAGCGAGAGAGAGAGAAAAAGAGAUGGAUACGCUGAGAAGAUUUGUCCCAUUUUUAGAAGUUAGUGUAAAGUAAUAACUCCGAAACAGCUGCUAUGUUUUCUACAGAACUAAACCUCGCUAAUAAAAUGGAAAUUGUCAUAUAUUUUAUCCUACGCUGAACAUUUUACAGGUUUUUCACUCGACAGUAAUAUCCUACAAGCAUUUGCACCAGUACAUAUCAUAGCCUAAUGAAUAUCAUUGCAUGGUAUUGAAAUUCAACGCAUUAAUAUAAGAGCUUGUUGUUUAUUUUAUUUUUUACUAUAAAUUGAUUUUUAAUGGAACCAUGUUGGCUGACAAAGAGUUAUUUUUGGAAAAAGUCGUAUUUGUGAGAUAAGAAUAAUGUUGUAAUGCAACCAUCGACCUGAGAAGAUAGACUAUGUUGUUUUUUUUUUUUUACGUUUAUCCAUUUCUAUGAUGAAUAAAAUAAUUUAAAUCAA